UAUUUACUUUAAGACCAACUGCUGCACCAAUUGCCACCAUUUCGUUCAGUCUCUUCUUCUUCUUCUUCUCUCUCUCUCUCUCUUAAAAAUUCAUUCUUUCUCCCAUCCAUAAGAAUCUAAUAUCACCAUCAGUUUCUGAAAAUAGAAAGAAAAAAAGAGAUCUAAUGAGAAAAGACGAGUGGAUUCAAUCCGCCAUGACGGAUGAUACCAUGGUGGCUGAGUUGAUAAUGAGGAUUUCUUCGGAUUCAUACGCCUCAUCUCUGCAACUGAAUCCUGAUACUACCAACAAUUUUAAAAACACUACUGAUUCAGAGAUUAUUCCUUUAAUUAAAUGGGGAUUGAGAAAACCUCGUUCUAGAUUAUUACUAAUGAGAUACAAUAACAGACAAAUUAUUAAGAAGGAAAACGAUUUAACUAGAGCAAGUCCAACGACUCCUUUCUCAUGGAGUCCUGGAUCUUCAAUAAGUGGUGCUAGUGGUAGUGGUAAUAGUGGUGUUGGUUCUGCUGUUGAUUGUUACGAAGAAUCAAGUCGACCUUCCAUUUGGUCAAGCAACCACAACUCCAGAUCUAAGGUUACAGCAACAAUUGGACCUAAUGCUAACCGGUCUAGAAAGAAGCAGAAAGUAGCAGAUCUUAAAGAAGAAGAGAGUUUCUUACUGAAGGAGAAAAUAAAUCUGAAAAAGGAAUUAGUGACAUUAAAGAACACUUAUGAGGGAAGUAAAGCCGUAAAUGAUAGCUUGAAGAGAAUUAAGUUGGAUUUGAAAACUCGGUCAACCAGGGAAACAGGUGCAUCUUGCGAUGCAUCUAUCAGAGCAAACUACUCUGACCAAUUUAGGAACGCAAGGGAAAUCAUUGAUGAAACUCCUAUCUUUCGAACAAGAGGCAAAUUUAAUGGGUUGGAAUAUUGUGAAGUAGAAACAAAAUUAUCUUCAGCGGUCCGGGGGAGUUUCUUUGUGUUACCUGAUCUGAAUAUGCCUUUAGAGGAUGAUUCUUGUGCAGAUGUCGUAUACGGGUUGAGUUGAGAAGAUAUACAUCAUAUACAUAUAGGUAUGAAUUUUCUCUUUUUUCACGGAAGCCAUUGAGAUUCAGAUCCGUGAGGGCUGCCGCGCGUAUUGGAUGGAAUUUUCAAUUGUAAAUAGGUAGAGUAGAAAUUUUGUUGCAGAUAGAAACUUAGCACCAACUGGGGAUAAGAGUUGUUUGUUCGUAAUCAAAGAGGUCAUAAGAGUGCUGUAAUGAUGUUUAAUCUAAACAUUAGUUAGAUAUUUACGUGGCAUAUCAUCUAAAAUUCCAGGGUUUGUCAAUUUUA